AUGGGACAGAUCACACAGCCGACGACACAUCAUAUCGAAACUCGGGAUUGUGUCCGCACAAUUUCUGGGCCUAAAUCCUCACAACAGUUAUUCUUAUUUCCAAAUGAUAGGUUUGAACAGUUGAAAGGUGACACCAAAAGCCUGCCAUCAUGUCUCUUUCGGCAGUUUUCUUCCUUGAUCUGAAGGGGAAGGUGCUGAUUUCCCGAAACUACCGUGGUGAUGUGGACAUGUCCUCCGUGGAUAAGUUCAUGACACUGAUUUUGGACACGGAAGAGGAAGGUCAAGUGUCACCCAUCAUAACGCACGGGGCCGUUACCUUCAUGUACAUUAAGUACAACAACCUUUACUUGGUGGCCUGUACCAAAAAGAAUGCAAAUGUUGCACUUGUCUUCACGAUGCUUCACAAAAUCGUUGAGGUUUUCAUUGAAUACUUCAAAGAAUUAGAAGAGGAGAGUAUUAGGGAUAACUUUGUCUUGAUCUACGAGCUUCUUGACGAGUUGAUUGACUUUGGUUACCCACAGACGACCGACAGCAAGAUAUUACAAGAGUAUAUCACCCAGGUGGGUCAAAAGCUAGAGAUUGCUCCUAAACCCCCACCAGCCAUCACCAACGCUGUGUCUUGGAGAAGUGAAGGAGUCCGCUACCGCAAGAACGAGGUCUUCCUUGACGUCAUAGAAUCCGUCAAUCUGUUGGUGAAUUCUAAUGGCAACGUCCUGCGCAGUGAGAUAGUUGGCGCCGUCAAGAUGCGAGUGUUUCUGAGUGGAAUGCCAGAGCUACGACUCGGCCUGAAUGACAAAGUGCUGUUUGAGAACACAGGCAGAGGAGGUAAGAGUAAAUCGGUGGAGCUGGAAGACGUCAAGUUUCAUCAGUGUGUGCGGCUGUCUCGCUUUGAGAACGACCGGACAAUCUCCUUCAUCCCCCCAGACGGAGAGUUUGAGCUCAUGUCGUACCGCCUCAACACUCAUGUCAAGCCCCUGAUCUGGAUUGAGUCGGUCAUCGAGCGGCAUUCCCACUCGCGAGUGGAGUACAUGAUUAAGGCUAAGAGCCAGUUCAAGCGUCGGUCCACGGCCAACAAUGUGGACAUCAUCAUCCCAGUGCCCAACGAUGCCGACUCGCCCAAAUUCAAGACCACCGUCGGCUAUUCCCGGUACCUGCCGGAGAGCAGCGCAGUGGUCUGGCACAUCAAAUCGUUUCCGGGUGGCAAGGAAUUCCUGAUGAGGGCGCACUUCAACCUUCCCAGCGUGGAGGCGGAGGAAGCUGAAGGGCGGCCACCAAUCAGCGUCAAGUUUGAGAUUCCCUACUUCACUACUUCAGGUAUCCAGGUUCGGUACUUGAAGAUCAUCGAGAAGAGUGGAUACCAGGCGUUGCCAUGGGUACGGUACAUCACACAAAACGGUGACUACCAGGUCAGAGUAUAGUGGCACCAGUGAAAAAAAAGGAAAAUCUCCCGUAACUGUACUACUAGAUUUUGGUUUGGAGAAAUAUGUAAACUGUGAUGUAUAUACCAACUGUCUCAACUUAUCAUUUACCUAAUUACACUCUGUACAUCCUAAUCAUAAUUUAAAUUGACGGCAAUAGACAUGCAGUAAGAGCAACUUUUAGCUUGCAUCUUAUUUUUAGAGCAUUCCAAUUAGUUUUGUUUAUUUAACACCCCAAAUAUAGUAGACUGUGUAGUAUGAGCCACGUGCACAAUGUUAAAGAAAGAACACCACCAUUACACAUUCAUGCCAGGUGUAAAAAACAUUUUUCACCCAUCAUCCAGAAUAUUUAUCACCCGGUCAACCUGAAUAUCAAACCAUGCUUGCACAAUUCUCUGAACGGGAAAUUUGAAAUUGGAUUGGUAUGGGGUUGUUUAACAAAAGUCUUGAGAACGAAACAAACCCCUCCUGCUCAUGUAUUUUGCUAGGAACCUUCCUACGUCCACGCAAGUUCACCAUGUAGCACAAGUUUGGGGAGUCGAGCUUUAAAGUUCUACAGUUUUGCAGCAAUCAACAUAUUAAAAACCAGAUGCUAAAUUUGGUUCAGGGAAAGUUGUGGCUUGUUGAGAAUUCAACGGAAUUUACAGGAGAUAAAA